GCUUGCUGAUUGAGGACGAUAUAACCCCAAACUCGAUAACCAAUUGAACAGCAACAACGUAUAUAAUUUUCCGGUAUAAAUGUCUUUAAUAAAAGAAAUGAAAAUAAGAAUUUUGAAAGUGUUUUUGUGAAUAUGAACCACAAGAAAUUAUAAAUUUUACGGUGCGAUCAACAAUUGAUGAGAACGAGACUGUUGUUGACUUUAAUCAGGUGACGUUACCAAAAUCUUGUCAGGUGAUGAGUAUUUACUGGUGGAGCCGCCAUCACCGUAUCGUCAAAAACAGAGCUAGGAAGGAAGCGAGUUCAGUGCGCUGAAAUGUUGUUUUAGAAAGUGUGUUUGGGGCACUUUUGAUUUGAUUUAAAACUAGUUGGGAUGAAUGAACAAUAACAUACAUGCAGAUACAUCUGGCCUAGUGGAAAAAAACAGGGGUCCUUGUCUGCUCUUAGUGGGCAUACAAUUCUCUUUCUCAGAUGGCAGAGCAAAGCUGUCCAAGUGAGUCCAUACAAAGUACCGGGGAAAAGUCUGUGAAUGGAACUGCAACUUCUAGCGAUCGACAGACCUGCGGAAUAGGUGACUGUAAGGAAGCAGCAUUUCGUUUCAAGUCCGGAGCUUGGAUUUGCCGCUACCACCGGAAUAAAGGUUACAAGGAAAAAUACAGAAAGAAGAGCAAGUAUAUAGCAGCACAAGCAAAGAUGAGAGAACAAGAAUCCAUGGAGGAUAUAGAUCAACUUAGUGGUCUUGGUGACUUAAUAGAUGCAGCGUUCCCAGAACACCAACAAUUUCUUGCAGAUCAAAUCAUAACCGAUAAAAAAAUGGCUUUAUUGCAAUCUCCAAUGGUGCAACAAUUUUUGCGUUCAGAACAAGAAAAACUCUGCAACAAAUCUCAUGACAACAAAACACCAGAAUCCAUAUGAUGUGGAUAUUGGAGUUUGCAUUUACAGCAAUAUUCGAGGAUAUAUAUGUGAUUUGCAGUGGGAAUACAUGUUGUGUACAUGUGAUAUGCAUAGGAUGUGCAUGUGAUAUGCAUGGGUGUGCAUGUUAUAUGCAUAGGAUGUGCAUGUGAUAUGCAUGGGUGUGCAUGUUAUAUGCAUAGGAUGUGCAUGCUAUAUUUCAUAGGAUGUACGGGGGAUAUUCAUGUGAUAUGUGAAGGUAGUGGUUUAAAAGUAGUGGUGUGGCCACUGAUUUAGAACCUAUUUUAAUAAUGAUACAUUCGUAGGGAAUCUCCCCCCCCCCCCACAUCAUUACGUCAUUACUCCCUUUUUGGGUUUGUCAAUUUUGAGGAACCACCUUGUGAAUAAAUAAAGUUCACUUAUACCCCAUUCAGACUAGCAUCGCAUUGCGAUCGGUUGUAGCAAUUGCGACACCCAAUCACAAAGUAAAAUCGUGUGUGAAAGCUCAACAAUAGCAGUCGAUAUGUAAUCGAUAUCGCAAUUGUUACCCGUUGCAAUUGGGUGCUACAAUCUUUAUUACUUCCGAUUACCACAGAAUCUGAUCACAACGAAUUCCACAGGCACUGUUUGGCUGAGGUCAGGCAACAUAGGCCUAGCCACCGGAGGCGUAGGCCCUAGAAUGUAAAGUUUGUUUGUGUUGGUCUGAAUGCGUUUGUUGAUUGAAGUCGGGAGUAAUCUGUUUUGGAUUAUCACCGAUUACAUCGCAACCGAUCGCAAGAGAGUGUAGCCUGAAUAGGGUAUUAUACAGAAAUGCAACAGUAUGCAUCGAACUAAAAAUGUAUAUCUUAGUAGUAUCUUAGAAUCAUCAUCAUCUUCCCCUCUGUCCCCUCAAGGGGUGUCAGGUCAACUCGACACCACUUUCUAUUCUCCCUUGCUCAGAUCAACCACGCUACCGUCAUCUCGGACAAUCUAUCCAGCACUUUCAAGGUCAUCCUCUCUUCCUUUUGCCGACCUCUAUAUGCUCCGCUGCCUAUCACACCAAGUCAUCCUCUUCUUUUCUCUUCGUGUGUCCAUACUGCCAUCAGUAGUACACUAUCUUAGAAUGUAGAAAUUAAAGGAAGAGGAAGGAAAGAGAGAAGCAAAGAGCUUGAGAGGGAGGGGGAUAACUAAAAUAAUGCUACAUUUCCCACAAUUCUUGUGUACAAUAUUUCUGUACAUUUUAAAGUAAAGAUAAAUUUGUAAAUAAGUUUAUUUAUUUAAAUUAUGUUUUAUUAAUAUUGUCAUUUGUAUCACGCCUUUCAAUUUGGCUACAAAGCGCUUGUACACACUCCUUAGAUAAAAAGAAAUUAUCGUUUCUUUUAGAUGUAUAUCCUGUUCACUACAGAUGUAUUAUAUUAUUGUGAAUUCAAUACAUGCUGCACACAUGUUUUUUAUAAAGUGCCAUGAUUUUGUGAUUUUUAAACUUGGCUCUAUGCUUAAUUCCUUAACUUAGUGUACAGUGAGCCCUUGGUAAAGUUAGUUUUAUUAAGUAUUUUCUUACUGUACUAGCAUAUCCAUAAAUAGUAACUAGGACUUUCUACCUCUAGUGAUCAACUAAUAUACUUAUGGUUUUUACAAAGCAUUUUUAAAAGUAGUUUUUACCAUAGUUACAGUUAUGUACAUUAUGUAUCUUGUCAUUCAAUUGCAUUUAUUUUAUUGUAUUACAGUAUGUUGUAUGAUUUUAUUGAUGAAUAAAAGGAUUAUUUGAUUUUAGUAUUUUUUUUUACUGUCAAGUCUCAUUAAGCACAUUUUUUGUUAAAAUUUUCAUAAAAAAUUUACUAAGAAAGAGUAAAGUUGAAUAAGCUCAAUGAUUUUUCAUUACAAGUUACAUACAGUACUAGUGACGGUUUACAAUUUUUUCUUUUUACCAUAGAGAGUGACCUUCCAGUGUAUCCUAAAAGGUCGGCUGAUAUUCAGGAUAUAAAUGAAAAGGCAAGAUGACUUAAUCAGCAGUCUCUUUAUGAGGCUUAGGGGUGAAGAUUUAGUUGUGAGAAUUAGUCACAGGAAUUGAACCCCGAACGCUGGGAUUAGAAGGCAAGCAUCUUGACCAUUUUGCACUAACAUUACACUGAAAUUAUAUUUGUUAUUUCAACAUUAAUUUACCAAUGUUGCAGUGUAUUGUAGUUCAUGAUACAUUAUGAAAUAUGAUAAAAUACAUUUUCUGUAUCUGCU